AUGCCAGUAUACGGAAAAAAGGGGCGGAGGCAGGCAGGAGCAGUUCCUCUUACACCAGCUGACCGGGACGAACCAAAGUCCAAGAAGCCUCGAAAGGCCAGCGCAAAGCCAUAUGUUCCAAGAUAUCGAUCGGGAUCCUUUGCCAUCCUUUUGGCCCUCCUUGAGGCCGAAGUCCAACACAACCAGCGCUCUCUGACCAGGGACGAAAUCCUUAUCACCGGUCAAAAAUUCGCUGAGCACUCACUCGCGAACAAAGCACAUGGCACAUUUUAUUCAGGAUGGGACUCGAUGAAAACACUGACCGGCAAGGGCCUCGUGUAUCAGAACGGGAAGGAUUAUCAUAUGACAGGAGAGGGGAGGGAUACGGCGUGGCAAUUGAGGGAUGUCGGCAUAGCACUCGAUCCUUCGUUGGAACAGUAUUUCGUGAGACCGAACGGAGAAGCCGCUAUCAACCCCGACAUUAGAAACCGACCACCGCCUUACGCUAUGGGUGACGCAUCUAUUAAUCCCAACCUUCGAGAUCGUUCACCAUCAUACUCACCCGAACCCUCUCGCGCCACCUCUAAACAGCCUCGUCCAACACCUAAGAGCAAGGCAGCUCCGAAGCGUGCAGCCCCAACAUACAACGACUAUGACACGAACGACAGCGGUGGUCCCAGUAAUGGACAAGGAUACGGCGAUUGGGAUGAUCCUGAUGAUGACUGGGGAACCUCAGCUCCGGCACCUGCAGCAUCAGGCUCAGCACCAAUGGCCAAUCCUUUUACAGCAGGACCGUCAAACUCUUUUGGUUCCUCUUCUUCGUCGUUUCGACCAACUGGCAUCAGUCACGAACCGUUCGACGUUAAUAACGACUGGGACGACAACGAGUAUGAUGCUAGGUCUCCAAAUGGUUACACAUCGCCACUAGAGGAUGUGUCGAGGCCGUACUCUGGAAGAGGAGCCGACGACGACCAGAUCCGCUCGACUUCAUCAUCAACAUCUCUCAGUGCUAAAGCGAAUGUUCCGGCACCCCUGCCGGACUUGAGCAGAGUGCCUAUGCCUGUGCUGCUUGAGAUCGUGGAAGCACAGAGGAGAGGAACUGUGUCCGAGUUCCUCGACAAGGGUGCCUCCGGCUCAAUACUAGCUCGCUCGUCAAGUUACAAAGGGAGCGCUAGGUCUGGUGCUCCACGAUCUGGUCCUGAUGCUUUCCCUCAUCUAUCAGUCAACACAUUCUCCACAACCACCGGCGACGACGGACCGACAGUGGACAUUGCUCAGCUUGCCAAAUUUCAGCCGAACUAUUACAAACCUGGGUCGUUCGAUAUUACUUUAGUUCUGGAUGUUCGCGAGGUCCGAGUGCAGGGGGACCGAGAUUACAUCAGCAACAAACUUCGAGAAAAAGGAGUCGAUGUGGAGACACGGGCAUUGGACAUUGGCGAUGUUAUCUGGAUCGCUAAACCCAAGGAACCCAGCCCACUCCUCCCGAGGGAGAUAGUGCUGGAUCACAUUGUGGAGCGCAAACGAAUGGACGAUCUGGUGUCAAGUAUCAAAGAUGGACGUUUCAAUGAGCAGAAGUUUCGCUUGUCCAGGUCUGGUAUAGGCCACGUUGUUUAUGUUCUCGAGACGUACAAGGCAAACGAGACAUUCGGCGGCAUCCCUGUGGAGGCCAUCCGAACAGCGAUGACAACAAUUCAGGUUCACAGCGGGUUCUUCCUCAAGCGCACUGUCAACACGGACCAAACUAUCGACUAUCUUGUCGCUUUGACUAAAACCCUGAAAGCCAAGUACUUGGACCAAGUGUUGUACACAAUCCCGGAUGCGGUGAUCGAUCGCGACAGCCACCUUGACCUAAUAGAGUACCUGAAAGGCAAGUUCCCUGGGCGGACCUACCUGACCAGUUACGACGCAUUCAUGAAGCUCAACAGCAAGUCGGACACACUGACGGUGCGCGACAACUUUGUGAAGAUGCUGAUGGUGAUCCGAGGAGUGAGUGCUGAGAAGGCUAUUGAGCUUGCCAGGGUGUAUGGUACCCCACGCGCCAUGUUUUCUGCGCUCGCUGAGCUAGGACGUGACGCCUCGAAUGAUGAGCGACGAGAUAUGCUUGCCAAGUCUGUGUCGCAAAUCGGUCGCAAGAAGCUUGGAAAUGCCUUGGCUGGUAAGGUUGCAGAGUUGUGGUAUAGCAAGGAGUACGACGACCCAGCAGCUCCGCCGAGACCAACUUAUGGUUCCUAG